UGCAAAUGUGUUUGUGUAUGUAAAUACUUAAUGAAAAAAGAUCGCACUCAUUUCGUAUGCCUCAUUGCAAUUAACAAUUGCCAUCUUUGGACUCUUAAUUCCUCUGUAUAAAAGCCAACGCAAUAAACUCUAUGGAUGACCCAUCAAUCAAAAAACGAUUGAUUGAGUUUGGCACCGACGAUCAUGGGUACGAUGAGGUCCAGGAGCUGCCAGAGGAUACAAAAAACGUGUUACUGCAGUCAACGUCACAAAGUAACAACAACAACAACAACAAUAAUAAUAAUAGCAGCAGCAGCACGGCGGAUAACUCAGCAUCAGGCUCAAGCGGCGCCACAGCUGUGGACACACCACCUGAGCUGCCACCCCCAAAGCAAAAGUCUGUAAAGAAUUCCAAAAACAAACAGAAACAAAAGUUGGCAAACAAAUCAAAAAUACCAAGAUCGCCUUCAUUGGCCAGCAGUCUAAGCAGCCUGGCCAGCAGCUUCAGUGGCAGCAUUAGCAAUAGCAACAACAAUAACAACAACAACAACGUGCCACCACAAACACCGCCGCUGCCAAGUAAUUAUCAGCAGCAGCAUAAAAACAAGUCGAAAUAUAUGAAUGGUGCGGACACUAGUGGCACGGCUAGUGCUGCAGCACUCGCCGCCUCACCCAUCAUGUCAAAUAGCAACGGCAACGGCAACAACAACAGCAAUGGCAAUGGCAAUAAAAAGUCUAGUCCAGCUGAUGGCGGCGGCGACGGCGGCGAUGGAACUAAUCUGGAACGGGACGCAUUGUCGGCAGUGGGCACACGACGUCCCCAUAUACAGAUAACUCCAAUGAACGAGGCAACUACACCAACAACUCCAAACUCAGCAUCACCAAAAAACUUUCAGUAUUUAACUUUAACAGUGCGUAAAGAUGAGAACGGCUAUGGCAUGAAGGUCUCCGGUGACAAUCCGGUUUUUGUGGAAAGCGUCAAACCUGGCGGUGCGGCACAAAUCGCUGGCUUGGUUGCCGGCGAUAUGAUCUUAAAGGUUAAUGGACAAGAAGUGCGGCUGGAGAAACAUCCGACUGUUGUGAGUUUGAUCAAAGCUUCAACUAUUGUUGAAUUGGCCGUCAAGCGCAGUCCUAAGAUGGUUAGGCCAACAUCAGUGGGUAUUGUGCCGACGACACCUGUGCUCUCUGGCAGAGAUCGGACUGCUUCCAUAACUGGUCCCCAACCUGUUGACAGCAUCAAGCGGCGCGAAAUGGAAACCUACAAGAUACAAACUUUGCAAAAAAUGUUGGAGCAGGAGAAACUAAAUCUGGAGCGUCUUAAAGGCGACACAAAUAAUCCCAGCUAUAAAUUAUCCGAGGCCAAUAUUCGCAAGCUGCGCGAGCAACUGCGACAAGUCGGCGCUGAGGAUCAAGCAACUCCAAGCGAUAGAAAUACUGAUUUACUAAUGACCAAUCAAAAUUUGUCUGCGUCCAAUGCCAUCAACACAACUCAUCACAAUCAGCAACUACAUCACUUUCACAACAACAACAACAGCAACAAUCAUCACCAGCAACAGGCUAGCACACCGCAACAACACUCUUCACCCGCAUUCCUAUCUCUACUGCCACGUUCACUCUCGUCCUUGUCGUUGGGCACGCGCAAGCAGAAAAUCGAUAAAGAAUUCCUGGGCUCUCCACUCAAUAACACCACGGAGCUGUUGCAGCGCACUCCCGAAGCCUUUAUGCCCAUGUCGCAGUCUCUCUAUCAUCACAAUCAGUUUACGCCCCGCACACCCCAACAGCAAUAUGCCUACCAGCAACAACAACAACAACAGCAGCAGCAACGCUUUAAGGAAACACCCAAGGCGGCGGGAUCGGGCUCAAAGGGUAAAAACAAAUUCUCCAUUACGAAGAGUUUUAUCGAAGAGGAUAUACCGCCACCGUUGCCGCAAAGAAAUCCCACAAGGCAACUGGCAUUGGAUUUGGGUAAUGCCAACAGUAUUCAUAUGCUAUCGCCCAUAUCGGAUCUAGAUCGUGCCACCAGUCCGCAGCCGAAAAACAAUAACAAUAAUAAUGGCAGUAAUAGCGGCAGUUCUAAAUCGAAGCGCUCGAAAAUCAAAACAAAAGCCUUGUCCGAUCCCAAAAUGACAACCCAAAUGUUUUUACAAAUGGAAAGUGGUGGAGCUGCUGGUGCUGGUGGCGCCGGCGCAGCAACUGGUGAUGAUAUGAGCUGUGCUGCAAGCGGCACUGACUGCGUACCGCCACCACUGCCACCCAGGCAGCCGGGCAUGUUGUCGGUGGAGGAGCUCAAUCGUGGCAGCUGUCAGAAUCUCAAUAGUGUGCGCCAAGCCAAGCCAAACUCUUUGGGCACUGUUUACAAUUAUCCACUUGUUGCCACAUGCACUGCUGUCCAAAGCGAUAAUAUGAAAGCAGCUUUUCCGCUAUCGCAACGACCCAAUAUUGUAAAACAGUUGCAACAGCAUCAACAGCAGCAGCAGCAGCAACAACAACAACAGCAGCAGCUUGGAGCUGCGUCUACUGCAGCUUUGGGACAAACGCCACAAUUGAGUCAAAUGAAACAUCGACGCGUAGGCUCUUCUCCGGACAACAUGCAUCCCAGGCAUCCAGAUCGCUUAAUAAAAACCACCUCUGGCUCUUGGGAGAUUGUGGAAAAGGACAACGAGAUAACGCCGCCAGGCACACCGCCACCGCCAUAUUUGACCAGCUCGCACAUGUCUGUACCUGAGGAUCCCAAUGAGCACUGCAGUGAGGGAGCUGGUGUCUUUAUAGAGUCACAUCACUUUACGCCCAUGGGAGCAACGUCAGCUGCGCAACCGGGCCCACAUUCCAGCCGCAUACACGCGGCUCAAUCUACAGAUACACAGAAAGAGAUUAUUUCAAUGGAGGACGAGAACUCUUCGGAUCAAGAGGAGCCUUUCAUUGAUGAGAACGGACCAUUCAAUAAUUUAACUAGAUUGCUGCAAAGCGAGAAUGUUGUAUUCCUGGCUGUAUUCCUCAACUAUGUGCUGUCAAAUUCGGAACCAGCUCCUCUGCUCUUUUAUCUCAUCACUGAGCUUUACAAGGAAGGCACCUCGAAGGAUAUGCGCAAGUGGGCUUAUGAGAUACACUCCACUUUCCUAGUGCCGCGUGCUCCUUUGUCUUGGUAUCGACAAGACGAAUCCUUAGCGCGGGAGGUGGAUAAUGUGCUGCAAUCCGAAUUUGAUAAAUUCGAAAUACUGCGCGCAGUCUUCUUGCGCAGCCGCAAGCGUGCUAAGGAUAUUAUAAGUGAGCAGCUAAGAGAAUUUCAACAAAAGCGCACUGCAGGUCUGGGCACUAUCUAUGGCCCGACCGAUGACAAGCUGGCGGAAGCCAAGGGCGACAAGCAGCGCGAGCAAAUUAUUGAAAAAUAUCUUAUGCCCAACUUGCAAUCAUUAAUUGAGGACUUUGAAAAGGACUUGCCAGUUGAAGAUGCUCGUAAACUUGCGCUGUGCUCAGCUCUCUCCACGGUUAUACAUCGCAUAUUCAACACACGCUCACAUCCCAACAGCAUUGUGGAUCGAGUGCAUCACUUUGUUAGUCGUGAAAAGAGUUUCAAGAGCCGCUUAAUGGGCAAAAAUCGAAAGAUGAAUGUACGUGGUCAUCCAUUGGUAUUACGUCAAUACUACGAAGUGACACAUUGCAAUCAUUGUCAAACGAUUAUCUGGGGUGUAAGUCCGCAGGGUUAUCAUUGCACAGACUGUAAGCUAAAUAUUCAUCGUCCCUGCUCCAAAGUAUUGGAUGAAAGUUGCCCCGGGCCAGUGCCGCAAGCGAAACGACAUCCGCACAACGAUAAUAAAAUUAGUAAAUUGAUGGAUAAAAUCAGACCGCGCACCAGCGAUUUCAUUGCAAAUGAGAAGCGUGCGCGGCAGGAUGAGGAUUUGGAUGCGGAUUUUGGCAAUGAUCGUGUGCACUCAUCUUCAAUUGUUCGUCAACCUUCAGAUCGCAGGCCCGAUAUAAAUAUAUCUCUACGCUCCAAUGGCAAUGCAUCCGCUAAUGCAUCUAUGCUUAAUAGCAGCGAUUUGCAGAGUUCCUUUCAUGGCGCCAGCGGUGGAAACGAGAGUGGAGUUGGAGCGGCUGCCUUUACAGGUAUUCCAGAUCACUCGGGGAGUAAUUUAGCAGGUGGCAUUGGUGCAGCCAGCGAUGCGAACCCAGCUGAGCCUACGGACAGCAAGGAUGCACAUGCACGCAGGGAAAGUUGUCAUGCUCACUAUAAAAGCGGUCCAGCAUCUGUUAAUCGUUCCGAGUCCUACAAGGAGCGGCUAUCAAAUAAACGCAAUCGCAAUAGUCGCCGCAAGACCUCUGAUCCGAGUUUAUCAUCACGCACAAACGAUGAUCAACUAGAUCUGGGCUUCUCGAAUUCAAACUAUACUGGAAGCUCCAAUUCUAGUCUGUCUUCGGGCGCUGGUUCGGAUAGUCUGAACGCGUCAAUGGAACAAGUUGCCGGUGGCAUAACUGGAGUAGCAGGCGUCAAUACUCAAGCACUGAGCAGUGCCGGGCAUUUGCAUCAGCACCAACAUCCUCAUCUACUUAUUCAGCAGCAGGCCAUACAGCACAGUCAACAGGAUUCGUUUCAGGGUAGCGUAGGUAGCGCUAGCAGUGCCAGUAAUACUAGUUUCUGGAAUAUCGGACAACGUCAGUAUAAUUUUGAGAGUGACGAUGAGGAUGAUCUGAAUGAGACCGAUUGGAGUUCGGUGGUGGCUGUUGAAUUACUCAAUGCACUUAGUGAUGCCGAAAAGAAACGCCAGGAGAUUAUUAAUGAAAUUUAUCAAACGGAACGUAAUCAUGUGCGCACACUCAAAUUGCUGGAUCGUUUGUUCUUUUUGCCACUCUUCGACAGUGGUCUGUUGACCCAAGAUCACCUGUUGCUGCUUUUCCCACCCGCUCUGCUCUCCUUACGUGAGCUGCAUGGCGCCUUUGAGCUAAAUUUGAAACAACGUCGCCUGGAACACAAUCAUGUAGUGCAGCACAUUGGGGACUUGCUAUCCGAUAUGUUUGAUGGUCAUAAGGGUAUAGAGCUAUGCGAUCACGCUGCUCAGUUCUGCGCCCGACAGCAAAUUGCUUUGGAAGCGCUUAAGGAGAAACGACACAAAGACGAGCAGCUACAAAAGCUGCUUAAGAAAUCCGAGUCUCAUAAAGCUUGUCGGCGGCUUGAGCUCAAGGAUUUGUUGCCCACCGUGUUGCAGAGGCUUACAAAAUAUCCGCUACUUUUCGAAAAUCUGUUUAAAGUGACAGUCCGUGUAUUGCCAGAGAAUACCGCCGAAGCUGAGGCCGUUCAACGCGCUUUGGAGUCAUCCAAGAGGAUUCUAGUUGAAGUCAACAAGGCUGUCAAGACAGCUGAGGAUGCACACAAGCUACAAAAUAUUCAGCGUAAAUUGGACAAAUCAUCGUAUGAUAAGGAGGAGUUUAAGAAGCUGGACCUCACACAGCAUCGUCUUAUACACGACGGCAAUUUAACGAUGAAAAAGAAUCCUAGUAUUCAGCUACAUGGCUUACUUUUUGAAAAUAUGAUUGUUUUGCUAACCAAGCAGGAUGAUAAGUAUUUACUGAAAAAUCUACAUACACCACUUGCUGUUAGCAACAAGCCUGUCAGUCCCAUUAUGAACAUUGAUUCGGAGACCUUGGUGCGUCAGGAGGCUGCUGAUAAGAACUCAUUCUUUCUGAUUAAAACAAAGACAUCACAAAUGCUUGAACUGCGUGCGCCCAGCAGCUCGGAAUGUAAAACCUGGUUUAAGCAUAUAUCCGAUGCAGCUGCUCAACAGCAUAAGCCACGACCUAAGAACACUAGCAGUCAAGAUGUACCUGGCGAUGAAUCAGUUGCCAGCUCUAUGCCACACUCACAUACAAGGGAGACACUAGAGCCCACGCCCGCGCAUCCUGCGAGCGCCACAGCAACUGUUACAACGACGCCUUUGGCUCCUUUGCUGCCAAUUGCAACAGUUACACCCGCUCCGUCACUUAAUGACAGCUUUAGUGGCGCUGGCAGCGCAACCUCAAUGUACAAUGGACGCAGAGAGAGCACGCUUAGUGACAAUGUCAGUGGCUAUAGCAAUGUAAUUUCCAAGCGCAAUGACAAUGAGUCUAGCAUAAAUCGCACUUUAUCGACGCGUAGCUGCGGUGAACCGAACAACACGCUCUCUGGCCAUGACUUAAGUAAUGUCGUCUCCUUGCGGCACACCCAAUCAGCACGUGAGGCUAACAGUGGUGGCGCUGGCAGUGGCGACACGAAUGUGGAGGAGCGUGGCAUGACUUAUGGCUUGGUGGGUGGUCAAUCGAAGCGCGACAGCGCUAGCAUUGUCUGCUCUAAUAAUUCUAACAAUACACGCACAUUACUCAUGCAGUCGCCACUGGUAGAGCCGACAGCAAUUCAAAUCAGCAUUAGUCCCGCACAUACGGCAGAGCCGGUGCUGACGCCAGGUGAAAAGUUGCGUCGUUUGGAUGCGUCCAUACGCGAGGGCUUGCUGGAGAAACAGCGCAUCAUAUGUGAUAUAUUCCGUUUGCCCGUGGAGCAUUUCAAUGAGAUAGUCGAUAUUGCCAUGAUGCCCGAGGCGCCAAAGGAUAGCGCGGACAUUGCCUUGGCUGCCUAUGAUCAGGUGCAAAUGUUAACUAAAAUGCUAAACGAUUAUAUGCAUGUCUCGUCAGAGCAAGAAAUAUCCGCUGUGUCUACAUCGGUCUGUGACCAUUGCCAUGAGAAGGAAAAAUUGCGCAGGAAUGUUACAAGCUCGCCCCCGCCACCGCCGUUGCCACCACCGAAUAAACAACAAGCACAAGGUCAAGAGCGUACGGCGAAGUUGAAGCGCAUGUCAAAGCAACAGACGCCUGACUUUGAGGAGGUUGCCAUACAUGAAGAUGACGAUGGAUAUUGUGAAAUCGACGAGCUACGUUUGCCAGCAAUACCGCCAAAGUCAACGCCACUGGCUCCACUAAAAACGCCAGCCUUGCCCACUGCAGACAAUACUUCCACAGUGCCAGCUGCUCCAGUUGCUGACAGUGGCAAUACAGAGUUACCCAAACUACAGUGUGUUAACAGCAUUCCUGAAGAAGCCGGCACAAGCAGUGAGCCACAGCAGGCAGAGGUGAUAGCGAUACAUGAAACUCCAAAGUCAGAUGAUGAUAAACAUGAAGCCGAUAGGGAAGAAACUAAUAUAAGUCAGACGCAAGCAGCUGAUCCCGAAAGCACAGCAGCAUUAACUGAAAAGCCUGAAGAAAUCAAAACAGACAAGAACGAUCACAUUGAGAUCAAUGAGGUGUAUGAUACUCUGGCUACGCUGAAUAAAGCAUUAUGUAUGGUUGAUAAUUCCACUCAAACGCAGGAAUCUACUCAAUCCAAUUUGAUAACGCAACGCUCCACAGUUGGCAAGGAGACCAGCACCACCAGUGCUGCACCAUCUGCUGUUGCAGCUGGCAGCAUGUGCGGACUUAAUCGUAUUCAGCACGCUAGCUCCUUGGAGCCAAGUGUGCCGUGUCAUGCGCUCAGCAGCAUUGUAAGUGUGCUGAAUGAGCAGAUUUCUUUACUUUUGCCCAAAAUUAACGAACGUGAUACGGAGCGGGAACGUUUGCGCAAAGAGAAUCAACACUUACGUGAGCUUUUGAGCGCAAUGCAUGAUCGUCAGCGAGUUGAUGCAACUAAGGAAACUCCAACCGAUAUCAUGACUAUUCUGCAAGCGGCUGAAACAGAAUUUGAAGAUGAUAUUGACGGCAUUUCCAAUACAUCACUGACACCAACACCCACGCCUUUACCUAUCACGACAGGCAGCAGUAACUGUAACAGCGAUAUUGAUUUAAAGGACUUGCCCAUGGACAUGGUUAACGAUUUUCUACAAAAUAUGAAAAGUAAUCCAAAUUUUGAGCGCGAGUUGGAAUCGCUGGCAGGGUCCUACAAGAUACCCGAGAAUUUAUCAAAUGCCGUUAAAGAAUACAAGGAAGAGGAGCAGCACGAUCAAAAAAUAGAUUAACCGAAACACAUGGAAGAUAAAGUAUAUACUACAUAUGUAUAUUAAGAAAUUAUUGUGACUUGCGCCAAAAUAAUGCGGCAUUUAUUGUUGGUGGAGCUACUUAGGCAUCUAUUAGGCAGCUUCAAGCAAUGCAUCCGACAGGUUAACCAUUUAUUUAGGCCAUGCAAUGGAUACAAAAUUGUUAAACUGGACAAGACAUUUUUGGAUGUUUUUAUAUAUACAAACAUAAACACACACAUAUAUAUGUAGAUUGACCAAUCUUUAGAUACAUACACUACUAUUUAUGUAUGUACUUGUUUCGAAACGUCAUAGUCCAAUUGAAUUGGCAGCGCCUGUGUUAAUGUGAAGCCUUAUUUAAAAUUUCAACAAAUUAUACUAAAAAAGUUUUACCAAUUAGUUUAGGUGUAUAGUUUUGAGGGUGAAAUAAGUUUUGAUAUACAAUGCAUACAUACAUACAUAUAUUCCAUUUAGCGACAUUAAAUAUAUCUAUACAAGUUAAUGUUGAUAUUUUUCUGAGUUAUACAAUUUAUUUUAUAUAAAAUC